AUGUUCUCUUUUAUCUGGUCUUUCGUUCCUACUUCCUACUUCAUACCAGAGUGGUUGACUCUGGAUACAAAUCCAGUGGACAGUUUACUUCAAGGACUGGUGGGUGCAUGUGGAAUCUCUAUGCUAUGCUCCCUCAUGAGAGUACACUUGUUUCUAGAAGCAGAAAGCUCGAGUGAAAAAAAUGAUAAAGAAACAUCCGUCCAGACAACACCAAGUCCUCAAAGGAAACCUGGGCUUACAGGGCUGCUCCACUUCUUCUUGGUGACUGGGGUGCUGGCUGUCGUGGGCUCCCGUGUUUCCUCCCUGGUGGUGCUAGAAUUUUGUCUUCGAGGAGUCUCUGGAUGGGUUACAGCUGGACCAGAGUCAAAUAAAUUUCUACAGCAGCUGUUAGUCCAAAGCCAGUUCUCUCUGGGCUGUGCCCUGAGCUGCAGUUUGUGCUUCCUCCACGAGGGGGCAUCUCAUCGCUGGCUAUGUUUGCUCCUGGCAGCAGCACUCAGCUGGUUCUUGGCCAGACAGGCUACUCUGCUGCUGCACCAUGUCCUGGCCCUGUAUAAACUCCACAGCUCUCAGCGCUACUGCGGCAUCUGCAUCAGCCUCCUGACAUCAGGCCGCUGUCUGCUGCCCAUGCUGUGCAGAGCGAUGAUCAUUACCUUCUCUGUGGCUGUGGUGGCCGCCAUAGCAAUCAUUAAUAAACACUUCCUCUCUGCUACUGAGGCCCUUAGGUUUUGGACGCCACUGACCAUCUGCUACACACUGCUGGUUGUGUAUAUGCAGGAGGAGCAGCACCGUUUGCCUGGCAGCCAGGCCGUACUGAAUACAGUCACGGUUCGUCUUGGCGGUCUGCUGGUCCUGAUGCUGACUGUUGGACGCUGGGCUGAUGUGCUACACAUCCUGGUGUGUUUCCUGGGAGAGGCCAGCUGUCUCGUCCCCACUAUGGAUCUGCUGGAUUCAGCAUCCUCAGAGGAGGAAGAGGACUAUACAGAGUAUGUAAAUAGACAGCGUCAAAGAAGACCACAAGCUCAACAAAAGGCCCAUCAGAGUUAACCCAUCCGGGAUUUUAAAAUUGGACUUGCUCCUCUUCAGUGGCACCAAUAUGUAACCUAAAUCUUACAAUGUAUACAUAAAAAUGGAUGCUUUUGUUUUGUGAUAGUUUUUCAUUAAAAUGUCUAAGAGCACAUUGUUAAUCAUAGGGUCAUUUUGAGAUUCACUAUAAAUAAUUUCCAGCUCUUUAAUCACAAUUUAUGCUUUUAUGUAUGACCUGCAAGAUAAUCUGUCUGCCACUUUCCAUGGGGUAUGCUUUCUUUUUUCAAACUAUGCAUUUGGAACUUAUUUUCUGUUAUGGUCUUGUAAAUAUGUCCUCUCUUGUAAUAGUAUGACUUUAACAUUGACUCAGGAGUCUGUGACCUUUAAGGUGAUUUAAAGAGAUGCACAUUACUCCAAUGUAUAGUCGUUCCAAAAUAAUGUGUAGCCCUUAGUUUACUGAUGGAUGAGGGUCAAUAUGACAGAGUGAAAAUAUGAAUAUAUCAUAUAACAAUGUGAAGCAUAGCAGCAAGCAAUA